UCACCCAGAGGGUCGGUUGUUGAAAAUAAAUGAAUCAUUCAGACGGGAAAUGCAUCGUGGGAGGAGUUUCACAAACAAGAAUCCUUGUUUCGUUUCUUGAGUGGAGUCGCAGCAUUUUUCAGAGCAAAGGGAGUUUCACCCCCGCCGGAGUUUGACAAAGCUGGAGGAGCGGCAUUGAUCCACAUCUUUGACCUUCUCGCUGCAGUCUUACUUUACAUACACGGGGAAGACGCCUUGGAUUUAUUAUGGUACGGAAAAGAACACUGGCAUCAAGGUAAUGUAUAGUCACAACAUAUUACUCACUAGAUUAACUUAUUAGUUGGUGACCGGAGACACAAUCUCUCCUUCCUCCACACAGCUGUAAUCAUUCAUGAAUCAGAUAAAAGAGGGGAGGUGUUUGUGUGUCUUGUGUUCAGACAUUUCUCUUGGUGCCAUGGAACUUAAUUUGUCACUGUUAAACUCAUGAUCAGCUACAGACAGUUAACCGUACAAAACCUUAUGGCAUAAUAAUAUUUUACCAUUACACCAUGGAACAUGCUGUAAUGUUUAUAAGUGUUGACUAAUAUUUGCAAUUUGUCUCUCUGUUUAGAGAAGACAAAAGCAGCAAAGAGAAUAAGACGUGGACAUUUUAAGGAGACACAUUCAUGUUUUACUUGCAGAAGAAGGCUUUACAGAGGAAAGUUUUUUGUGUCUGGAUGAUCAAGAGGAAGAAAUUGCCAAAUUGAUCCCAAAAAUGGGACCACGGUUCAUAUUCAAGAAGAGACUGAAGUUGUUAAUGAAGGAACAAAAUACAGCAAAUCCAGAUACAGCUGAUGCGUCUGCUCAAGUCAUUCCGUCCACUAGUGGAACAAGUAAUGAAGGAAAGAGAAAGUCUGAUCUCCAGGGCGAGUCCAAUCAACAGCAAUCACAGACUAAAAAACAACGUCUUGCCAAAGGACCAGGAUCCUACUCAGAAGAAGAGACACUGACUAAGGUGAAAGAGAUAAUGCGAUGUGUCCUAAAGAAAAUACCUCCUGAAAAAAACAACCUGAACGACUUCCUGAGGAGAAAAAUCCAUGAUUUGGAGACGGACGAGAGGGAGGUGGUUGGUGUCUUUGGCAAAACCGGAGCUGGAAAGAGCUCUUUGAUAAAUGCUGUCAUUGGAUUGAACAAGUUCUUGCCCUCUGGAAGCAUCAGUGCAUGUACAUCAGCCUUGAUUAAAGUGGAGGCUAACAUGCAGAACUCAAAGUACGAGGCAAUUAUUGAGUUUAUUACGAAAGAGGAGUGGAGAGAUGAGUUGUGGUUCUCAAAAAAUUUUGGUCUGGAAAAUGAUGACGAUGACCCAGAAUAUAGGGACAUUGUUGAAAAGCUGUCUGCGGUGUACGGAAAAGACGGGAAAGAAAAACCUCCUGAUGACCUCAUGGAUACCAAAUAUUUCAAAGAGAUCCCCGAAUUUCUCGUUUCCAAGGAGAAGAUUUUGACAGCUAAAGAAGCCAAAAAGCUAUUUGAAAGGUUAAUCAGGUACACAAGAACCAACCCAGAUAACGCAGGAGAUAAAGGUGCAGGGAGGUGGUAUUGGCCGCUCGUGAAGUGUGUGACCAUUAAGGUGCCAAACGCUGAUCUUCUUAAGCAUGUCACACUCGUGGAUCUUCCUGGAAGUGGGGACACUAACAAGAGCAGAGACAAGAUGUGGAAAACGGUCGUUGGAAGUUGUUCCACUAUCUGGAUCGUGACUGACAUUAAUCGAGCUGCAUCGGAGCCAGAGGCCUGGGAUAUCCUGAAAGAUGCCUGUAGCUACAUGGUAAAUGGUGGCCAGUGUAAUCAGAUUCACUUCAUCUGCACCAAAUCUGAUUGUCAUGACAAUCUAGAAGAUACUUCAAAAGCUGGUAUUCGUGAUUUCAUCUUGAAAACAAACCAGCAAGCCAAUGCCAAAGUGAUGAAAGAAUUUAACCAACUAAAGGUUAAGAAACACUUCAGUGAGGAAAGUUUCAAAGUCUUCACAGUGAGCUCCGUAGAGUUUCUAAAUCAGAAAUAUCUAAAUAAAGAAGAAACUGAAAUACCCAAACUUCAGGAGUUUCUGCAGGAGCUCAAUGACUGUCACAUGUUGAACUACGUGUCCGGAGCCCUCGGGAUCCUCUCUCUGAUUCAAGGGGCCAGCCUCAGAGGAGGGGCUGAGAUAAAGAAAGAUGUGUGCACAAUCCUUGAAAAAAAGAUGUCAGGUGAACUUGAGAAAGUCAGGAAACAAAUGGUAGAAACUUACCAGGCUUUUGAAAAGUGCCUCAAUGAGGGAGUUGAGAAAUCUGAAAAUUCCUGUGAAAAAGUCUUGGAGUCGGUGAUAAAUCCUAGAAAACCAGGAAGAGGUUUCCACAAGACACUGAGAUAUUUAGUCGAGCACAGUGGCAUCCACAAAGCAGAAAAAAACCAAAAUCCAAAUAAGAAGAAACAAAAAAACCUGAACAUGGAGUUAUCUUCAUACCUGACUGAGAGCAUUGAUGAGAAAUUCAAGGAGACCUUCCCAAAUGAAGUAAAUUGUGGACCAUUCAACGGAAAACUCAAUUUAUUUUCACUUGACACAAAGACGAUGAAAAUGAAUCCCGAGUACAAAGAUGUUGAACUUCAACUGGAGUUCCUCAAUGCAGAGGAAGUUAAGAUGAAAAAGAAACUCAUCAAAAUCAUCCGCGAAAGUAAAAAAAUGAUCUACAGCAGUCUGAUGACAACAGUUGAGGAAUCAAUGCAGGAAUGCUAUGAUGAUGCAAAAAAAAUUAGUGGAACUAAGUCACUGGAAAAAAUGAGGGAAACGAUAAAGAAGCAUUUUCAAGAUUCAAAAAACAUCAUGUUCAAGACUGCUCGAGACGAGAUGUUGGACCAGCUGAGAGAGUUAAGGAAAAAUAUCCUGAAGAACCUGAAAGAAACGAUGCAGGAAUCAAUCGAGCUGUCGCUCAAGACAUCCGGUUACUCAAUCCCAGAUGUUACAGAGGAGCUUGAUAUGGUGAAGAACCACUAUAAAGGACUGAAGGGAAGCGCAGAAGAAGACCAGUAGUUUGUUCCAGUCCGCUGCUCACCGCCAAGCUGAUGAGCAGCUGAAGAGCCCGAAGCCUUGGAGACCUGAGGCCUCUGGAUUUGGUCUCAACAGAGGUGUCAAGAAACGAAGUACAAAUACCUCGUUACCUUACUUAAGUAGAAAUUUUGGGUAUCUAUACUUUACUGGAGUAUUUAUUUUUCAGACGACUUUUUACUUCUACUC